UGUUAUCUGGGUCAGCGCCCCUCCCCAUCACCACAGCUUCCCCUUCCCUCCCCUAGUUUUUCUCUCAUCUCACAGUGCUUUCUCAGCAACCACCAAACCUCACACCCCCUGUCAUGUAAGCUACAGAAUUCUACAGAAAGUGCAACAAGAGUGCAACAUCUUUGGUGACGGGAUCCAACAACUUCUGAACGCCACUGUCAGUAUUUCCUCUCAGUCAUUCAGCCCUGAUCUGACAACCGCUACAUACAUAGACGUCACAACCGACUAUUAUGAUGGCCUCACAUUCGACUAUGAUGAGGCGGCACAGAGUGAAGUGUGCAAUUACACCCAGCAUUCUGCCACCUUCCUCCCGAUCCUGUACAGCACAUACUUCCUGUUUGGGUUGCUAGGCAAUGGCUUGGUUGUAUGGGUGAUAAUGAAGGGGGCGCAGCUGCGGAGCAUGACGGACGUGUGUCUUCUCAACCUGGCGCUGGCAGACCUGCUACUGGUCAUCUCGCUGCCCUUCUUGGCUCACCAGGCCCGGGACCAUUGGGUAUUCGGGGAUGCCAUGUGUAAGCUGGUCCUCGGGGUGUACUACGUGGGCUAUUACAGUGGCAUCUUCUUCAUCACGCUCAUGGCCGUGGAUCGGUACCUGGCGGUUGUACACGCCGUGCACGCCCUCCGAAUCCGCACACGCACUUAUGGAAUUAUCGCCAGCAUAGUCGUGUGGAUAGCCAGCAUCUUGUCGUUGUUCCCUGAAGUGACAGCUCUGAAGUUGAGCGCAGGAGAUCGGCCCAACUGCUACAGAGACUACCAAGGCAAAGACCACCUGCGCUCUGUCAGCUUCUUUAAGAUGAACAUCCUGGGUUUCGUGGUCCCACUGGCCAUCCUGUUCUUCUGCUACACCCAGAUCCUGCUGAAGCUCUUGCACAGCCGCUUGCGUAAAGGCCAGGCGGUGCGCCUCAUCGUUGUGGUGAUGGUCGUCUUCCUGUGCUGCUGGGCGCCCUACAACGUCACGCUGUUUUUCUGGUGGCUGCACAACCAGGGCUUCUUCAGCGACUGUGACUCCAGCAAGUCCCUGCUCCUGAGCCUGCAGGUCACCGAGGUGAUGGCGUACACCCACUGCUGCCUCAACCCUGUGCUCUAUGUGUUUGUGGGUGAGAAGUUCAGGAGGCGCUUCCUGCGGCUCCUCAGCAAGAGCCCUUGUGUCAGGUGUGGCUUCGUCAAGGCUUACCUCACCACAGCCAGCGGUUCUGUCUACUCCCGCGCCAGCAGUAUGGAGGAGCGCUCCACCCAAAUUUGACACCCAAUUUGAUACCCAUGCCCACACAGAGGCACAAAACACACAAACAUAUCACUAUGUACAUACACCUGCAUUCAGUUAUGCACAUACAUGUACACAUCCACUCACACAAGUAGAUGCAUAAAUACAUAUCUGCAUAAUGCAUAUGCACUUGCAUGCAUGCACAGAUUGCACAUACACAGAUACAUGCAUGCAUUCUUCACAUGCUUAGACCAGAUGCGUGGACUCAUCUUGCAAAGGAUGUCAGAACUAAAAUACCAAAGUCAUUGGUGCUCAUUUCAAUACCGCUGAAGUCCCCAUGUUCAUGUUAUAGCACAUCUCAGUUUCAUCUACUUCAUUUGUUUUCACUUGACCGUCCCUAGAGUUUGGUAUUGACCUCAUUUAACUUAGCCAUGGAUCCAAUUCAAUUCAAUUUGAUUCAUGCAGCACCAACAACAAAAGGUCCCUUUUAACAGGAAGAAACCUUGAGUAGAACACAGCUCAUAAGAGGGCAAUGAGCCGGGUAGAGAGAUAGAGAAGAAGGGGGGGGGGGGGGGAAUGAUACAUACAAGACUACAAGAUACAUACAAGAUGGUAUAUACAUGAUGUAUAUAAGAUUGAUAGUGGAUCAAAAUGGACAGCCAGUAUUUGAGGUAUUGGUAGUAAAAAAAAAGAUGAGUGGGUAUACAGUGUGCUCAUUUGGCUAUUAAAAGAAUAAUCAGAGCAAUGAAGCAUAAAACUGGAUAUGCUGUCAAUGAUCUGUUUAUACUACGGGUAAAUAGGUUGGCAGACAAUAUGUAGUGUAUACACAGUAUGCAUAUAAGAUGUAUCAUAAACAGAGUAUAAAGUGUGCAUUAGAGUUGGGUGGGAAUGGGCAGCUGUAGGUAGAGGGUAUCUGCAAGUGGAUCAGGUGGAUAAUUACAUGAAGACCUGCAUUCUGGGAUUGCAUUCAAAAAUGCAAUUCAAAUUUAUGGUAUUACUGUGUUUUGAAGCAUGUUUUGAAGAAGGAACUGCUCAUUUUUGUAACACCAGGAAGUAAAAAGUGCUAAGAAACAUUAUCAGAACAUCAUGCUCAUUUAUUUUCUUUUAAUUAUCAUUACAGUAAAGUAAGUUUGGUAUAUGGACAUGUGAAUUACUAUACUAUAAUGUUACCAUCCAUUUUGAAAGUUGAAUAACUGUUUAUGACUGAAAACACUGCUACAUAUAUGCUGACUGUGGUUUCACCAUUAAAUGCUGGUUACAUCAGCAUGCCGUACACUGUAUGUCCACAGAAAGAGAUAAACGUUGGGUUUCACCAUAGAUUCUAGAGAGACAAUCAAACCUUAUCAGCAAUCAGAUUGCACUGGGGAAGGAACCUAACUGUGGCAUCCCAGAUUAAGGCUACAGUACUUUCAGAGGCAACCUGAUAAGCAGAUACACAUAUAGAUUUUUUAUUAUUUUAAUGGCAUUUUAGAACUGCACAAUUAUAUUUAUAUUUGGGAAAAAAAGAUUGUUUUGUACACAUUUGCAGCACUGUGAAUUUUUUUUUGCAAAGGAUGUUAUCGAGGCCUGUUGUACACAUAGUUUUCUAGUUUCUGUCAUCUGCAGUCCUGCAGUCAGUACCACAAACCACCCCCCGCACACAGACAAACACAUUUCUCAGACAACUUUACCACCUAGUAUUCAUUCUGAGUGUACUCAUAUGCAACGUAGUAUGAGUUACAAAGUGAGGUAACAUUUUCUGUAUUCUUAGUCAUCCUCGGCGAAUAGUUAUUUGCCGGCAACUUGUACAGUUUGUAAAAUGUCAUGAGAUUUUGCUUAGGACUUGCUAUGAGUAUUUGCAUGUUGAUGGAUGACUGGCAAAAGCAUAACUGAUCAGUCUGAUAAUCCUGUCUAGUACUUCUGUGAGAACAUCCUGUGUGUUUGAGGUACUCAUGUUAACCCUUAGGGGACACAGGCCUGUUUGACUUUUUUAGGAAGUCUCACAUGCCUUGAUGUUUUUGUAUAUUUCCCCUAACUAAAAGUAUUGAUGCACAAGUGUCACAUGUCACAUAUAUUCUAGAAGACAUCAGCAAUAAUAACAAGAGAGUAAAUGGAAUGUAGUAAUGUCCUCAUGUUAAAGGAGCAAUAUGUAGCCAAGUGUUUAAAAUCGGUACUGCAUGAAGUGGAGCAGUGUGUGUUGCACCAUUAAAGAAUGUAUAUUUUUAGAUUUUUAUUGAAUUUCUGUUUCAGAUUGUAUUUAAUGAACAUUCAUUGUUUUGUAUUGUUCUGGUAUAUUAUUUUCAUGCUAGUAUUGUUGGAUAAUCAUGUUUUAAGAUAUAUAUAAUGAUAUGAUAAAUAUUUAAAAUAAAGCUUAUAUGUAAUGAGA